CUUAAUCCAAAUUCCCAUCCUCACUCAGAAGGCAGCCUUCUAAGGAUCAUACUCUGCAACGAAGCAGCCCGAGCAAUGAACUUAGAAGUUGGGUCAAAGAAAGCUGUUAGUGUUGGGCCAUGGGGUGGCCAGGGUGGAAGUCCAUGGGAUGAUGGGGUUCAUACAGGGGUCAAGCAAAUAGUAAUUGUUCAUGGAGGAGCCAUUGAUUCUCUCCGAUUCGAGUAUGAUAAGAAGGGACAAUCUGUUUGGUCUGAGAAACAUGGUGGCAAUGGUGGAUGCAAAACUGACAAGGUAAAGCUCGAGUACCCCGAAGAGGUCCUUACUUGGCUCAGCGGUCAUUAUGGUCCGAUGUCAAGUGGGUGCCCCACCAUAAUACGAUCUCUCACCUUCCAAACUAACUUAAAGAAAUAUGGGCCCUUUGGCGUUCAACAAGGCACUCAUUUCUCCUUCACCAUGAGUGGUGGUAAGGUUGUUGGUUUUCAUGGGCGCUCUGGUUGGCACUUAGACUCAAUUGGUCUGCAUCUCAAACCUCUUUCGGAUCCUGAGCCCGAGUCCGAGUUACCAAAUUAUUAUUCCCAGGUUCUUGUGCCCGCUCAAUCCACCACCAAAAAUGGCUAUGACAUUGUUCAUGGGACUGAUGCGAAAGGCCAUUAUGAUUUUGUAUUAAAGGUGAGAGACAAGAAAGACGCCUUCAACCGCUCAAGCCAAGUCUCACAGACACCUUCUAUGGCUCGAGAAGAAUCCAAAAACAAGUUGCAGCUGGCCAACUUCUCCAGCGACUCUAGCAAAGGAGAAAAAGGAACCUCAAAUGGUGGAGGCAAUGUGACCCAUGGCCCUUGGGGUGGCAAUGGAGGAUCCAUCUUCGAUGAUGGCGUGUAUACUGGCAUCCGACAAAUAAACUUGAGCCGCAAUGUUGGAAUCAUGUCCAUCAAAGUUCUGUACGACAGAAAUGGGCAAGCAGUGUGGGGAAACAGGCAUGGAGGAGCCGCGGGAAGCUUCAAAUCAGAUAAGGUGGUGUUUGAUUAUCCAUUUGAGAUCUUGACAUACAUCACAGGUAACUAUGGUGCUGCAUUCCUUAUGGGACCAAUGGUCAUCAAAUCCUUAACAUUCCACACCACAAAAGGCCAAUAUGGACCUUAUGGUGAUCAGCAAGGGAUGUCCUUCUCGUCUCAAUCGGUAGCAGGCAGGAUCGUGGGCUUCCAUGGACGAAGCGGUUGGUAUUUAGAUGCCAUCGGUGUUCAUGUUUUUCCAACACAGGCCAUUUCCAAACCUCAAUUUCCUCCUUCCCAUUCAUUCAAACCCGAAGAUGCACAGAUAGCUGAGGUCAAUAACCCGUAUUGGUCGACCAAAUCAGUUCCCAGCAGUGGUGGCCAUGGAGAAGAGGUUGUGAUGGGAACUGUGAAAGAGGCUGUGCCCUUUGGGCCUGGGCCUUGGGGUGGGGAUGGAGGGAGGCCAUGGGAUGAUGGUGUAUACUCAGGUAUCAAGCAAAUUGUAUUGAUCAGAGGAGAAGCAGUAUGCUCCAUACAAAUUGAAUACGAUAGAAAUGGGCAAUCUGUUUGGUCAGCUAGACAUGGAGGCCGUGGAGGAGAAACAACCCAUAGAAUCAAGUUUGAGUACCCUAAUGAGGUGCUCACAUGCAUUACUGGCUACUAUGGUGCAGUCGCUAGAGAUGACAGAUUGGAGGUGAUAAAGUCUCUUACAUUCUGCACAAGUAGAGGCAAGUAUGGGCCAUAUGGUGAGGAAUUAGGCACCUACUUCACUUCCAAUAGAACAGAAGGAAAGGUGGUGGGUUUCCAUGGGAGAAGUGGCUCCUAUCUGUAUGCUAUAGGAGUUCAUAUGCAACAUUGGUUGGGGGAAAGGACUGUUCCCAAGUCCUCAUCCUUGCUAUCAAAAUAUUUUAGUUGAUUUCAAAUAAUAGGUGUUGUCUUAUGUUACUUGUCUCUAUGAGGGGCACAUAUACAACAACUAGUAUUAUUAUAGCUGUACCAUGUAAUUUUCAUUUUUCUUGCUUGUAAGUUGGGAUUUGGAGAAACCCCUAUGGUUCUUACCUUUGAAUGCUUUUAUUAGCACAACAUAAUUUUCUGAUAUCCUUAGGCCUUUUAUUUUAUGGAAAUAUAUUCAAUGA